AUGCAUGCCAGAAACCCCCAUUCUCUUUUUCAAAGACAACAUAUGAUGGAUUGCGAUCUCUCAGCCCAGCAGGACACGGGGACCAUGCAAGCUGUAAUUGGUCAGGAUCCAAUGAUAGCUGGACAAGUCAGUAAGCCCUUGCUGUCAGUGCGGAGUGAAAUGAAUGCGGAGUUGAGAGGUGAGGACAAGGCUGCUACUUCAGACAGCGAGCUGAAUGAGCCCCUGCUUGCGCCCGUGGAAUCAAAUGACAGCGAGGACACUCCCAGCAAGCUCUUCGGGGCCAGAGGAAACCCAGCACUGUCAGACCCAGGCACUCCUGAACACCAGGCCAGUCAGACCCACCCCCCUUUCCCAGUUGGACCACAGCCACUUCUGACAGCACAGCAGUUAGCCUCUGCAGUUGCUGGUGUGAUGCCCGGAGGCACGCCGGCCCUCAACCAGCCUAUCCUCAUCCCCUUCAACAUGGCCGGACAGCUAGGGGGGCAGCAAGGAUUGGUCCUCACACUGCCUACUGCGAAUCUCACCAACAUCCAAGGGCUGGUAGCAGCAGCUGCAGCCGGAGGCAUUAUGACUCUGCCAUUGCAAAAUCUACAAGCUACCUCAUCCCUGAACUCCCAACUCCAGCAGCUCCAGCAGCUUCAGCAACUCCAGCAGCAGCAGCCGCCACCGCCCCCGGCUCCGCCGGGCAGCCAGCACCCGCAGCCCGCCCCGCAGGCGCCCCCGCAGCCCCAGCAGCAGCCGCCCCAACCAGCCCCGCCGUCCCAGCAGCCGCAGCCCGCCUCCCAGCCACUGCCGGCUCCGCCCGCGCAGCCCCCGCAGCCUCCAGCCCACCCUCACCCCCAGAGCCAGAACCAACCGUCUCCGACUCAGCAGAGCGCCAGCCCCCCUCAGAAAGCCAGCCAGUCUCCGGGACACGGCCUCCCGUCGCCGCUCACGCCACCCAAUCCUUUGCAGCUGGUUAAUAAUCCACUAGCAAGUCAGGCUGCAGCGGCUGCAGCAGCAGCAGCCAUGGGCUCCAUAGCAAGUUCACAGGCCUUUGGCAAUACCCUCUCCAGUCUGCAGGGGGUCACAGGUCAACUAGUUACUAAUGCACAAGGACAGAUUAUUGGGACCAUUCCUCUGAUGCCGAAUCCAGGGCCCUCAAGCCAAACAGCGAGUGGCACGCAAGGCCUUCAAGUGCAGCCGAUUACCCCCCAGCUCCUGACGAACGCCCAGGGCCAGAUCAUUGCCACAGUCAUCGGGAACCAGAUCCUGCCUGUGAUCAACACGCAGGGCAUCACGCUCUCCCCCAUCAAGCCCGGCCAGCAGCUCCACCAACCCUCCCAGACGUCAGUGGGUCAAGCAGCCUCCCAAAGCAGUCUUCUGCACCUGGCUCACAGCCAAGCAUCCAUGUCUCAAAGCCCCGUCCGGCAGGCUUCCUCCUCUUCCUCCUCAUCCUCCUCUUCUUCAGCUUUGAGCGUGGGCCAGUUAGUCAGCAAUCCUCAAACGGCUGCGGGUGAGGUGGAUGGGGUUAAUCUGGAGGAGAUCCGAGAAUUUGCCAAAGCUUUUAAAAUCCGGCGCCUGUCCCUUGGCCUGACCCAGACUCAGGUGGGCCAAGCCCUCAGUGCCACAGAGGGCCCCGCGUACAGCCAGUCGGCCAUCUGCAGACACACCAUCCUGAGAAGCCACUUUUUCCUACCACAGGAAGCCCAAGAGAACACUAUAGCUAGCAGUCUGACAGCCAAACUGAACCCUGGCCUUUUGUAUCCUGCCAGGUUUGAAAAGCUGGACAUCACUCCUAAAAGUGCCCAGAAGAUCAAGCCGGUGCUUGAGCGGUGGAUGGCUGAGGCUGAGGCCCGCCAUCGAGCAGGUAUGCAGAACCUGACCGAAUUUAUCGGGAGUGAACCGUCCAAAAAGCGCAAGAGGCGCACCUCCUUCACGCCCCAGGCCCUUGAGAUCCUCAAUGCCCACUUUGAGAAGAACACACACCCCUCUGGGCAGGAAAUGACCGAAAUUGCCGAGAAGCUGAACUAUGACCGGGAAGUAGUUAGAGUUUGGUUCUGCAAUAAGAGGCAAGCCCUGAAGAACACGAUUAAACGCUUAAAACAGCACGAGCCGGCCACAGCGGUCCCUUUGGAGCCCUUAACAGACUCGCUGGAAGAAAAUUCCUAA